UAUUCAUGUUGCAAAAAUCUACAAUAACUAGUAAUGCUCUGAUUACUAAUGAGGAAGCCAAAAUAUUUUAUGAAGAUAUGUUUUUAGGAAGAAUCUUUGAAGAUACAUGUGCAAAAAUGUAUUACCAAGGCAAAAUGUUUGGAUUUGUACACCUUUAUACAGGUCAAGAGGCAGUAUCAACAGGUAUUAUUAAGAAUUUAAAACCAUAUGAUUAUGUAUGUUCUAAUUAUAGAGACCAUGUACAUGCUUUAAGUAAGGGUAUUCCUCCAAAAGAACUUAUGGCUGAGCUUUUCGGUAAAGAAACAGGUUGUAGUAAAGGGCGUGGAGGUUCUAUGCAUAUAUUCUCUUCAAAAUACAAUUUUUUAGGAGGCUUUGCCUUUAUUGCAGAAGGAAUACCAAUAGCUUUAGGGGCUGCAUUUCGUAAUAUUUAUCAGAAACAAAUCUUACAUAAGAUAGAUGAUUUGCCUGUUAGUAUAUGUUUUAUUGGUGAUGGUGCUACUAAUAACGGUCAAUUUUUUGAAUGCUUAAAUAUGGCAUCUUUAUGGAAAUUACCUAUUAUUUUUGUAGUAGAAAAUAAUCAAUGGGCUAUUGGAAUGGCAAAUCAAAGAGCGUCUUCAGUCCAGGAAAUAUAUAAAAAGGCAGAUGCUUUUAAUAUACCUGGUGUAGAAGUAGAUGGUAUGAAUAUAUUGGAAGUUAUUAAAAUAUCUAGAGAAGCUAUUGCUAGAGCUAGGAGUGGACAAGGACCUACUUUAAUUGAAGCCUUAACUUAUCGUUUUAGAGGACAUUCUCUUGCCGACCCAGAUGAAUUAAGAUCUAUAGAAGAAAAAAAUUUUUGGAUAGCUAGAGAUCCUAUAAUAAAUUUUGUGAAUUAUAUAAAAAAUCAUAAUUUAAUAUCAGAUGAUGAAAUAAAAAAAAUUGAAAAAAAAGUUAAAUUAAGAAUUGAGGAAGCAGUUAAAUUUGCCAUUGAUAGUCCAGAACCUAAUUUACAUGAUUUAUCUAAAUAUCUUUUUUAUUAAAAUUUAAUAAUGAAAUAAUCCACUAUCAGAUAUAAAUAUCUAUGAAUAAAA